UUCAAAUUCCGAUUCCUCGUGAACACAUACACCAUGGCCCCACCUCGACGCCGCGCCAACAAGAAAGCUGGAUCAGAUGCCUACGCCAACCUCUCUGCCGACGAGCGCAAAGUUCAAGGUGCUGAAGCUAAGACCCGCGGGAAUACUGCUUACAGCGCCGGUGAUUUCAACUUGGCCAUCAAGGAAUUCACGACCGCUAUCGCAUACGAACCUCACAACAACGCGUACUACUCGAACCGAUCUGCUGCUUACCUGAACAACGGCAACGCUGCAGCUGCUCUGCAAGACGCCAACAAAUGUAUCGAGAUCGACCCCAAAUGGGCCAAGGGCUAUGCCCGCCUCGGUGCUGCGUACUUCUUCGUCAAGAGCUACGAAAAGGCCAUCACGGCUUACACCAAGGGAUUGUCGUUGGACAAGGGCAACAAGCAACUCCAAGCUGGUUUGACCCAAGCACAGGCAGCUUUGCAAGUGCUUGAAGAAGAGCUGAGCGGUGUGGAAAUGGACGACGCCACCCGCAAGUUGAAGCGCCUCGAGAUCGAAGAAAAGAUCAACAAGGCCCGCGCCGAGCGUGAAGAACGUGCCAAGCGCGCCGAACGUGGUUUCUCGGAAGUGAUCGGUAUCGAUCUUGGUACGACCUACUCGUGCGUGGGUGUGUGGAAGGACGGCCAAGUCGAAAUCAUUGCCAACAGCGAAGGCAACCGCACCACCCCUUCGUGGGUCGCGUUCAACGAAACCGAACGUUUGAUCGGCGAAGCUGCCAAGAUCCAAGCUGCGUCCAACGCCACCAACACGGUCUUCGAUGCCAAGCGUAUCAUCGGUCGCAACUUUAGCGACCCGAUCGUGAAGAAGGACGCGGCGCACUUCCCCUUCAAGAUUUCCAAGGGCGAAGGUGACAAGCCAUUGAUCCAAGUUACCUUCCGUGGUGAAGACAAGAGCUUCACCCCUGAAGAAAUCUCGUCGAUGGUGUUGACCCGCAUGAAGGAGACGGCGGAGAACUUCCUCGGCCAAGAAAUCAAGCAAGCCGUUGUGACCGUGCCUGCCUAUUUCAACGAUCAACAGCGUCAAUCGACCAAGGACGCCGGUGCCAUUGCCGGCCUCGACGUGAAGCGCAUCAUCAACGAACCGACGGCGGCCGCCCUUGCCUACGGCUUGGACACGAACGCCGGCGCGGAAGGCAAGUCGAACAUUUUGAUUUUCGACUUGGGUGGUGGUACCUUUGAUGUGUCGAUCUUGAGCAUUGAGAACGGCAUUUUCGAAGUCAAGGCGACUGGCGGGGACACGCACUUGGGUGGGGAAGACUUUGACAGCAACAUGGUCGACUUUUUGGUCACCGAGUUCAAGCGCAAGAACCGCAACUUGGACCCUACUUCGUCGGCGCGCUCCAUGCGCCGCCUGCGCACGGCGUGCGAGUCUGCCAAGCGCAUGUUGUCGACGACGACGAGCGCGACCAUUGAAGUCGAUGCCCUCUUCGAAGGCGUGGACUUUAGCUCGACCAUGACCCGUGCCAAGUUUGAAUCGCUCAACGAAGAGUGCUUCAAGCGCACGGAAGAAACCGUGUUGAAGGUGCUGCAGGACGCCAACAUGAAGCCCGACCAAAUCUCCGAGUUGGUCUUGGUCGGUGGUUCGACCCGCAUCCCCAAGGUGCAAACCAUGUUGUCCAACUUGUUUGGCGGCAAGGAACUGAGCAAGUCGAUCAACCCGGACGAAGCCGUGGCGUACGGUGCGGCCGUGCAAGGCGCGAUCUUGAGCGGCAUCCGCAACGACGCGACCAACUCGCUGUUGUUGGUGGAUGUGACGCCGUUGAGUUUGGGGAUUGAACUGGUCGGCAAGGUCAUGUCUGUUUUGAUCAAGCGCAACACGGCGAUCCCGGUGAAGAAGACGCGCAUUUAUACGACUGAGGAAGAUUUCCAGACUUCUGAAAAGGUGGUCAUUUACGAAGGCGAGCGCGCGUCGGUUGUGGACAACAACAAGCUCGGUGAAUUCGAAAUCACCGGCAUCGAACGUGCCAAGCGCGGCGAGCCCAAGUUGGAAGUGACGUUCGAGAUCGAUGCGAACGGGAUCUUGCACGUGAGCUGCAAGGACAAGAAGACCGGCGCGAAGAACCAGACCACAAUCAGCAACAACCGCGGCCGCUUGAGCCAGGAAGACAUCGACCGCAUGGUCGACGAAGCGGAGAAAUACAAGAAAGCCGACGCGUUGCUGUUGAAGCGCAUUGAGGCCCGCAACGACCUGGAAGGGUUCAUCUACCGAUACCUUGAAGUCGCGUCCAAGAAGGGCGAAGCGCAAGCGGAAAACGCACUGCGGGACGCGCGCGACUGGUUGGACGAACAUGCUGAAGCCACCGUCAAGGAACUAGAAGACAAGAAGCGUGCGUUGGAGCGGGUGUGCAGAUUUUAACUGGUGAUGCAAUCGAGCCGUGUUUUGACAUUUUUCAACUGAAGCGUUUCGACCACGAAUGGGAACGGCUUGUUGUGGCGGCGAGGACGGCG